AUGCCUGUUGAAUUGAAAAACAAAAUCUACAAUGGAGUAAAAGUGUGCAGACCUGGGUUCUUCAAAGCCUCACCUCACAGCCAGAGCUGCAGCAAAUGUCCACCUCACAGUUACACCCAUGAGGAAGCUUCAACCUCUUGUGUCUGUGAAAAGGAUUAUUUCAGGAGGGAGUCUGAUCCACCCACAAUGGCAUGCACAAGACCCCCUUCAGCUCCUCGGAAUGCCAUCUCGAAUGUUAAUGAAACUAGUGUCUUUCUGGAAUGGAUUCCCCCUGCUGACGCUGGUGGAAGGAAAGAUGUGUCGUAUUAUAUUGCAUGCAAGAAGUGCCACUCCCAUGCAGGUGUGUGUGACGAGUGUGGAGGUCAUGUCAGGUACCUCCCCCGGCAGAUCGGCCUGAAAAACACCUCUGUCAUGAUGGUGGACCUGCUCGCUCACACAAACUAUACCUUUGAGAUUGAGGCAGUGAACGGAGUGUCCGACUUGAGCCCAGGAGCCCGGCAGUAUGUGUCUGUAAAUGUAACCACAAACCAAGCAGCCCCCUCUCCAGUCACCAAUGUGAAAAAGGGGAAGAUUGCAAAGAACAGCAUCUCUUUGUCUUGGCAAGAGCCAGAUCGCCCCAAUGGAAUCAUCCUGGAGUAUGAAAUCAAAUAUUUUGAAAAGGACCAAGAGACCAGCUACACAAUCAUCAAGUCGAAGGAGACGAGCGUGACGGCAGAGGGCCUGAAGCCGGCCUCGGUGUAUGUCUUCCAGAUCCGGGCGCGCACCGCCGCGGGCUACGGCGUCUUCAGCCGGAGGUUUGAGUUCGAGACCAUCCCAGUGUCAGUUGCAGCAUCCAGCGAUCAAAACCAGAUCCCUAUCAUUGCGGUGUCGGUGACAGUGGGAGUCAUUUUGCUGGCGGUGGUUUUCGGCUUCCUCCUCAGUGGAAGUUGCUGCGAGUGGGGCUGUGGACGGGCUUCCCCCCUGUGCGCUGUUGCCCACCCAGGCCUAAUGUGGCGGUGCGGUUACAGCAAAGCCAAGCAAGACCCAGAGGAGGAAAAGAUGCAUUUUCAUAAUGGGCACAUUAAGCUGCCAGGAGUAAGAACUUAUAUUGAUCCACAUACCUAUGAGGAUCCCAAUCAAGCUGUCCAUGAAUUUGCCAAGGAGAUAGAAGCUUCAUGCAUCACCAUUGAAAGAGUUAUUGGAGCAGGUGAAUUUGGUGAAGUUUGUAGUGGACGUUUGAAACUUCCAGGCAAAAGAGAAUUACCUGUGGCGAUCAAAACCCUUAAAGUAGGCUAUACUGAGAAGCAACGUAGAGAUUUCCUGGGUGAAGCAAGUAUUAUGGGGCAGUUUGAUCAUCCUAACAUCAUUCACUUAGAAGGUGUGGUGACCAAAAGCAAACCAGUGAUGAUAGUGACAGAGUAUAUGGAAAAUGGCUCUUUAGAUACAUUUUUAAAGAAAAACGAUGGGCAGUUCACUGUGAUUCAGCUUGUUGGCAUGCUGAGAGGCAUCGCUGCGGGAAUGAAGUACCUCUCCGACAUGGGCUACGUGCACAGAGACCUCGCGGCCAGAAACAUCUUAAUCAACAGUAACCUUGUGUGCAAAGUGUCUGACUUUGGACUUUCCAGGGUACUGGAAGAUGAUCCUGAGGCAGCCUACACCACACGGGGAGGCAAAAUUCCGAUACGAUGGACGGCGCCCGAAGCCAUAGCUUUCCGAAAGUUCACCUCUGCCAGCGACGCGUGGAGCUACGGGAUCGUGAUGUGGGAGGUCGUGUCCUACGGGGAGAGACCCUACUGGGAGAUGACCAACCAGGACGUGAUUAAGGCAGUCGAGGAAGGCUACCGUCUGCCAAGCCCCAUGGACUGUCCCGCUGCCCUCUACCAAUUAAUGCUGGAUUGCUGGCAGAAAGACCGAAAUAGCAGGCCCAAGUUCGACGAAAUCGUGAACAUGCUGGACAAGCUGAUACGUAACCCAAGUAGCUUGAAGACGCUGGUUAAUGCAUCGAGCAGAGUAUCUAAUUUAUUGGCAGAACAUGUCUCGCUGGGCUCUGGGGCCUACAGAUCAGUAGGUGAAUGGCUAGAAGCAAUCAAAAUGGGCCGGUAUACAGAGAUUUUCAUGGAAAAUGGAUACAGUUCAAUGGACGCUGUGGCUCAGGUGACCUUGGAGGAUUUGAGACGCCUUGGAGUGACUCUUGUCGGUCACCAGAAGAAGAUCAUGAACAGCCUUCAAGAAAUGAAGGUGCAGCUGGUCAAUGGGAUGGUGCCAUUGUAACUACACUGUAAUGUCACUCCGUUGAAUGAAUGAUUCUGCACUUUGUAAACAAGCCCUGAGAUUUGUUUUAACA